CGCGGUGAAUGCUUGAGAUAUACAGUACCAUGUGCUCGUUCAUGAACGCAUUUUUGGACAUAAGUUGACACAAAAAGACACGCAAGGCAUACGUCGUGAUACGUCACGACGCAACUUCGCGAUGUUCGCGCUGCAUGUUGUUUGUCCGAAAGUCCGGUUACGUAAAAUCGUCGAUAAGAUGCUCGAGUCAGUGAACGGGGAACAUGAAUUGGAUACUCUAAGCAAGAGCGCUGACACAGACACACGCGCUGACGACACCAGCUGACUUCAGUUCUACUACAGUAGCGUGCGACACCACGGAUGGAACCUUCCCAUACAAACAGGGCGUGUAGAAAAUAUUUCGGAUGGAUAAAACAUGUAUCAGUAGAGCCGACUAUGUGGCUCUACAUGAUGGCGUUUAUGUUCACAUCGGUCAUAGAGCAAGACUUAUUUAGAUAUAAAGCGUGUCGAGUGGAUCAUGGUUACUCUGAAGAAAUUUGUAGGCACCUAAAUGAUGACGAUAAUAAAGAAAUAAAGACCAAAGUACAGAUGACUGUCUCAGAAUUUCAUCAAUGGAAUGACAUUGCUGGACACGUGGUGCCUAUUAUCUUGGCGAUGUUCUAUGGUAACUGGAGUGAUCGGCGUGGACGUAAAUUGCCACUUGUCCUCGGUUUAAUAGGCAAAUUUGUUUAUUCCUUCAUGAUCGUGAUCAAUUCCAUGAUAGAUACUUGGAAUCUGAACAUGGUGGUGUACACGGCGACUCUGCCGAUGAGCAUUCUGGGCAGCGAUGUUGCGAUCUUCGGCAGCAGUUUCGCAUACAUAUCGGACAUAAGCUCCGUGCAACAGAGAACCAUGAGAAUCACGAUCCUGGAUGUCAUUUAUCUCAGUACCAUGCCCUCGGGAAUUGCACUUGGAUCGUACGUGUUUACACAUUUGGUCAACAUGUCCUACACGAUUAUGUUCACUGUAAAUGCGACUUUGCUCUUAAUAGCAAUUAUAUAUGCGCUUGUGUGGCUCAAAUGGCAAACGUCACCACGACAGCAACCGCUUUCGGACAAUAAUUGGCUGCUAGACUUCUUCGACAUGCGACAUGUCGCUACGACAAUACGAACAUUGUUGAAGUCGAGGCUCAAUCAUGGCAAAUUACACCUGUGGUUGCUCCUGUUGGCGAUGUGUCUAUAUACAUUCCAGAGGGAUGAAAAGGCCAAGAGUCAGAUGUAUACCUCGCUAAUCUUUAACUGGAAUGUGACGGAUUUUAGUAACUUUAAAACAUUCCAGUCAACUCUCUUCGUAUUAGCAAUGCUCAUUGGAGUGCCUAUCAUGAGUAAAUUAAUAAGAAUGAAGGACACUUUCAUCGUAAUGAUUGGAGCUGCAGCGCACGCAGCUGGAAGAAUAGUAUUUGUUUUAGCGAACCGGCCGGAAUUAUUUUAUGUGGGUGCUACUGUCGCUGCGUUAGGACCAGUGGUAGCUCCAGUACUCAGAUCUAUGACCUCGAAACUUGUGCCUAUAGAGGAACGAGGGAAGAUAUUCGCGAUGCUUUCCGUAUGUGAUAAUGCAGUUCCGCUAUUUAGCGGCAUUUUAUAUUCCCAACUUUACAACGCUACAAUAAAGACAGCACCAAACUCUUUUUAUUGGUUGACAUUCGUCACGCAAAUUGCCGUGCUUUUAAUAAUUCUAUUGGUUCAGGUUUCAUCAUGGUCUAAGCAUGCAACCGAGCAACAGGAUUACAUCGAUGAUGAGGUUGUGGCUCCAUCUCUUUCAAAUACUAUUCAAGCUAGCUCGUCGAACAACGUAACAAACGAAUCUUAGAGAGAUUGUACCUGCCUUACAUACAUAAUGCAUUGAAGGUCAUACCGUGUC